AUGUCGGAAUUGCCGUCGAUACACUCUUCUGCUGGUCUCAGUAUUGGAGACAAGAAGAAGGUGUUGACCGUGGGCCAUCAGAAAAGCAAUAGACCAGUAGGAGUUGUUCCUCUAGACUCGCUGUCAUUCGAACCUGAAAGCCGACAACAAGACUACAACAUAGAGCCCAUGGACAUUAGCAUGGAAAUUAGCGUGGACGAACCUGAUUAUACGGUUGAGAAUGACGCCAUUACAGAAAUUUUGAAAACGGUGCAACACUCCGGUUCGUCCAACUUGCCUAUAGAAGAGCCUUCAGACACCGUGUUUGACGAUAAAGCGAGACUCACGUUUCUCGUUGUGGAUACUAAUUUCGUGUUGUCAAACCUGUCCAUUAUUGUUGAUUUGAGAUCCUUGAGUGCAAGCUACAAAACGGCAUAUCGCAUCAUUAUUCCAUCCACUGUUAUCCAGGAACUAGAUGGGCUCAAGAGCUCUCAAAAGCACCAGACCUUCGUUGGUCCGGACGGAGCUUCCAAGGACAAGCCACUCGGUACACUGGCUCGCUGGGCCAUUGAUUGGAUCUACUUAAAUUUCCAGCGAAGCGAUCCGGUGGUUUUGGGUCAGAAACUACACCAGAAGAUUGAUCCAAUGUUGGUGAAAGACGAUGCUAUUCUAGACUGCUGUCUGUACUUCCAGAAGAAGUAUACCGAUUCUCUGGUGGUGCUUAUGUCGAACGAUAAGAACCUUUGUGUCAAGGCAUUGACUAACGACGUGCUGACAAUCUCUUACCGCAAGGACAUGUCGGCUGGUCUGAUUGCCGAGAAGGUCAUCGAGGAACAUCGGAGUCGGCAUCCUGAAUUUGGAGACGAGCUAGACGACGCAGUUCUUGAUGAUACAGACGUUGAUGGCGAUAUCAAGUUUGACGAUCUAACGGAAUUGGAAGUGCCGUCUAAUCCUUCCGUGACUGCUACAAUUCAUGACCCCGUCUCUGCUGGUCAGACCAUCUACAACCAUGUGUUGAGUCUGUUGAUGGAAUCAAUAGAUAAAAAGCUUCACGAGGAAUUUGGCGAUGAGAUAGAACUCCUGGAUUAUAGCAAAUCGAAUGUCGCAACUUUGUAUGCGUGUUUCAAGACUUUGAAGCGGUUUUCAUUCACUGGCUUUUCCGAUAUAAUUGGACCCCGUGGCGGCGACGUGGGCAGGAUUUUUGGCUCAAAAAGCAUAGAUCCGAUUUAUACCAAUCCACCAAAGACGAGGCCUGACAUCGAGACAUUCACCGCCUUGUGGAUCCCGAUACUGACAAAACUCUAUGCCAAUAGAGGUGAGAAACAGAAACAUGAUUUGAAGGAACUGUUCAGGUUCUGGAAGACUAUAAUGUGA